CAUAGACACAGCCAUCACCACCACCACCAGCUACUAGACUCCACGAUCGUGAGCAGCCGACGCCAGCUGUGCUGCGGAUACGACUAUUCAGCUCACCCCCCUUUCAGUACCCGCGAGCCCAGCAACGACAGUCAAGCUGGGGCACAAACGCACCAUCUCCAACGGAGACACUCCCAUCUCCCCAAAGAGAAGACUGACCCAGGACAGCAAGAUGGCUGGCGAACAGGUAGACCUGGUCACCCGCCUCCAGGUGGACGACUCGGUCGUCGGCCAAACCGAAAUCGACGAAUCGUUAUACAGUCGCCAGCUCUAUGUGCUCGGCCACGAGGCCAUGAAGCGCAUGGGCGCCUCCAACGUCCUUAUUGUCGGCCUUAAGGGCCUCGGUGUCGAGAUCGCCAAGAACAUUGCUCUUGCUGGUGUCAAGAGCUUGACCCUGCACGACCCGGCGCCGGUCGCCAUCCAAGACCUGUCGGCACAGUUCUUCCUUCACCCGGAAGAUGUCGGCAAGCCUCGUGAUGCCACGACUGCGCCACGCGUCGCCGAGCUCAACGCCUACACGCCAGUGAACAUUCACGAAUCUGCCAAUCUCGGCGAGAACCUCUCUCAGUUCGACAAGUAUCAAGUCGUCGUCCUCACGAACACCCCACUCAACCUCCAGCUUACGAUCGGUGACUACUGCCACUCCAAAGGCAUCUACUUCGUGGUCGCGGACACGUUCGGCCUCUUUGGCUCCAUCUUCUGCGACUUCGGCAAGAAAUUCACAUGUCUCGAUCCCACCGGCGAGAACCCCCUCAACGGCAUCGUUGCUGGCAUCGACGAGGAGGGCCUUGUCUCCGCGCUUGACGAGACCCGGCACGGUCUGGAGGAUGGCGAUUACGUCACCUUCUCAGAAGUUGAGGGGAUGGAGGGUCUGAACGGCGCCGAGCCCAGGAAGAUCACAGUCAAGGGCCCAUACACCUUCUCCAUUGGUGAUGUGUCAGGACUCGGUCAGUACAAGCGAGGUGGAUUGUACCAACAGGUCAAGAUGCCCAAGUUCAUCGACUUCAAGCCCAUUUCCACAGCCAUCCGCGAGCCUGAGUUUGUCAUGUCGGACUUUGCCAAGUUUGACCGGCCUCAGCAGCUCCACGUCGGUUUUGAGGCCCUGCACGCUUUUGCCCAAGCUCAAGGUCGCCUUCCACGACCGAUGAAUGAGGAGGACGCCAUCGUCUUGGUCGCGUCCGCAAAGGCGUUUGUCGAGAAGGAGAAGCUCCAGGUCGAGAUUGACGAGAAGCUGAUCAAGGAGCUCAGCUUCCAAGCUCUUGGCGAUCUCAGCCCCAUGGCUGCUCUAUUUGGUGGCCUUACAGCGCAAGAAGUGCUCAAGGCCGUGUCCGGCAAGUUCCACCCCAUACAACAGUGGUUCUACUUCGAUUCGCUCGAGUCGCUCCCAUCGAACUCGGCACGGACCGAGGAACUCUGCAAGCCGACUGGUUCCAGAUAUGAUGGCCUCAUCGCGGUGUUCGGCAAGGAGUACCACGACAAGAUCCGCAAUGUCAAGCAGUUCCUGGUCGGCGCUGGCGCCAUUGGUUGUGAGAUGUUGAAGAACUGGGCAAUGAUCGGACUCGGAACGGGACCCAAGGGUGGCAUUAUUGUGACAGAUAUGGACUCGAUUGAGAAGAGCAACUUGAAUCGUCAGUUCCUCUUCCGUCCCAAGGAUGUCGGCCAGAUGAAGAGUGACACCGCCGCCGCUGCGGUGCAGGCAAUGAACCCCGAUCUUGCUGGACACAUCACCUGCCUGAAGGACCGUGUCAGCCCCGACACCGAGCACAUCUUCAACGAGGAGUUCUGGGAAGUUUUGGAUGGCGUGACCAACGCACUGGACAACGUGGAGGCGCGAACAUAUGUUGAUAGACGAUGCGUCUUCUUCCACAAACCUCUGCUCGAAAGUGGUACACUAGGCACCAAGGGCAACACUCAAGUUGUGCUGCCGCACCUUACAGAGUCCUACUCGUCUUCUCAGGAUCCCCCGGAGCAGUCGUUCCCGAUGUGCACGCUGCGUAGUUUCCCCAACAAGAUCGAGCACACCAUCGCGUGGGCCCGCGAGCUUUUCGAGACAUCGUUCGUCAAAUCAGCAGAGACCGUCAACUUGUACCUGUCUCAACCUAACUACCUGGAGUCCACCCUCAAGCAGGGUGGCAACGAGAAGGCCACCUUGGAGACGAUCCGCGACUACCUGGUCACAGACAAGCCGCUCAGCUUUGAGGACUGCAUCAUCUGGGCCCGCAUGUUGUUCGAGAAGCAGUACAACAAUGCUAUUCAGCAGCUGCUGUACAACUUCCCCAAGGACUCUGUGUCAUCAUCGGGGACUCCAUUCUGGUCAGGACCGAAGCGUGCUCCCGACCCGCUCAAGUUCGACCCGAAGAACUCGACACACUUUGGCUUCAUCGUGGCGGCAGCCAAUCUGCAUGCUUUCAACUACAACAUCAACACUUCAGGUGUCAGCAAGGAGCUCUACACCAAGGUUCUCGACAACAUGAUCAUCCCUGAUUUCUCUCCUGACUCCAAUGUCAAGAUCCAGGAGAAAGACAGCGAUCCAGACCCGAAUGCCAACGACAGCUUUGACGAUAACGCAGAGCUGCAGAAGAUAACCGACAGUCUGCCCUCAGCGAGCAAGAUGGCCGGGUUCAAGCUGACCCCCGUGGAGUUCGAGAAGGAUGACGAUACCAACCACCACAUCGACUUCAUCACUGCUGCUAGCAACCUUCGGGCAGAGAACUACAAGAUCGAGACUGCAGACAAGCACAGGACGAAAUUCAUUGCUGGCAAGAUCAUUCCAGCCAUUGCUACUACGACUGCGCUCGUCACUGGCCUGGUCGUCCUUGAGCUCUUCAAGAUUGUGGACGGCAAGACGGACAUUGAGCAGUACAAGAACGGCUUCAUCAACCUUGCGCUGCCGUUCUUCGGCUUCAGUGAGCCUAUUGCCAGUCCCAAGGUCGAGUACAAGGGGCCAAACGGCAAGGUCACCUUGGACAAGAUCUGGGACAGGUUCGAGUUGGCCGAUGUCACGCUUCAGGAGCUCAUUGACGACUUCAAGGGUCGGGGUCUCACAAUCAGCAUGCUGAGCUCGGGAGUGAGCCUGCUCUAUGCCAGUUUCUUCCCCAAGGCAAAGCUGCAGGAGCGCCUCGGCCAGAAGCUCAGCCAGCUUGUUGAGACUGUGUCCAAGAAGGCUAUUCCGGAGCACCAGAAGGAGGUGAUCUUCGAGGUAGUUGCUGAGGAUGAGGACGAAGAAGAUGUCGAGGUCCCGUACAUCAAGGUCAAGGUCCGGUAGAAAGGUGAAACCAUGGGUGCACGUUGAGCAUUACGGCUUUUAUUCUUGCGGCGCAAUCAAGGAUCAUUGUAGUUUACAUAGAAAUCAGACGCACGAUCAGUCUCGAGAACCAAUUGAAUUGUGCAUGGAUUGUCCU